CGCUGCCGUAGUCAGCCUCCGAGUCACCUUCGAGACUUUUCCCCAGAAGGGGGAGAAGCAGCUCCGCUGUGCGAGUCCCGUUGCUCAGGCCCCGCGCCCUCCGGUUCUCAGGACCUGCGACCCCGCCGUGUGCCUGUCUUUCUAAUGACCUUUCUGCCUUGCUGAGGAAAAGAUAGAGCCAGAAAGGAUGAUGACUGACUGUUUGACAAAUUGUUCUCAGGAUUCCAUGACCUUUGACGAUGUGGCUGUGGACUUCACCCAGGAGGAGUGGGCUUUACUGGACCUAACUCAGAGAAACCUAUACAGAGAUGUGAUGCUAGAGAACUACAAGAACCUGACGACACUAGGCUAUCAGUUGUUGAAACCCAGUGUGAUCUCCUGGCUGGAACAAGAAGAGUUGAGGACAGCGGAGGGAGGAGUCUUCCAAGAAUCAGAAGUGCAUCUUAAAACCAAAGACUUGGCAAUUCCUCUGCAGGAUAUUUUAGGGGAAAAAACAUCCAAUAGGAUAGAAAUGGAAAGAAGCCACAUUGGAUGGGAACUCUGUGAGUGUAAGGAACGUGGAAAAGACUUCAGUGGACAAUCGUGUCUUAAGACACACAGGAGAACUCAAGAUGGAAGAAACACUUAUGAAGAUAAUCAAUGUGGGGGAAGGGCCAUCAGCCUUACUCCAGAUAUUGUAUCCUGCAAAACUAGCAUGGAACAGAAAGGGUUCAAAUGCAGUGACAGUGGGAAAGCCUGUGUUAAUCAGUCUUACUUUCAGGCACAACUAGCAAGUCACAAUGAAAAAAAACUCUAUGAAGGAAAGGAAUGUGGAACAGCUUUUAUUCACUCCAGAAGACUUGGCACUGAAUGCUGGAAAGCCUGCAGUAGCCAUUUAGUCUUAACUAGACAUAACCAAAUUCACACUGGUGAGAAACCCUAUGAAUGCACCGAAUGUGGGAAAGCCUACAUUAACAAUUCAAGUUUAACUAGACACAAACAAACGCACACUGGAAGGAAACCCUAUGAAUGCACUGAAUGCGGGAAAGCCUUCAGUAGCCCUUCAGCCUUAACUAGCCAUAACCGAAUGCACACUGGUGAGAAACCCUAUAAAUGCAACAAAUGUGCGAAAGCCUACGUUUACAAUUCAAGCUUAACUUUACACAAACGAAUGCACACUGUAGGGAAAACCUAUGAAUGCACUGAAUGUGAGAAAGCUUUCUAUAGCCGUUCAGUCUUAGUUAGACAUAACCGAAUUCACACUGGUGAGAAACCCUAUGAAUGUGACAGAUGUGGGAAAGCCUACAUUUGCAAUUCAAGCUUAACUAAACACAAACGAACGCACAUUGGAGAGAAACCCUAUGAAUGCACUGAAUGCGGGAAAACUUUCAAUAGCCAUUUAAUCUUAACUAGCCAUAACCAAUUUCACACUGGUGAGAAAUCCUAUGAAUGCAACGAAUGUGGGAGAGCCUACCUUUAUAAGGGAAGUUUAAUUAAACACAGACGAAUGCACACUGGAGGGAAACCCUACAAAUGCACUAAAUGCGGGGAACCCUUCAGUAGCCAUUCAGCCUUAACUGACCAUAGCCGAAUUCACUUUGGUGAGAAACCCUAUGAAUGCAAUGAAUAUGUCAAAGCUUCCAGUGGGCAUUCAGGCUUAACUACACAUAAAUGAAUUCACACUGGAGAGAAAUCCUGUGAAUUUGUGAAAUGUGGAGAAGCCUUCAGUGUUUCCUUAAGCAUAACUGGGCAUGCAAGAGUUCAUACUGGAGAGGAAACUUUAAAUAUGAAUAUAGGAAAUUCUUUACUACUUUCUCAUAUCUAAGUACACAUUUGAGACCUCACACUGGAGAGCAGCCAUUUGAGUGUGAUAAACAUCAUAAAGCAUAUAUUUUUUUAACUUUUUAUUAAGAUUAUGAUAGUUUACAACCUUGUGAAAUUUCAGUUGUACAUUAUUGUUAGUCAUGUUGAAGGUGCACC